UUCCAUAUCACGUAAACGAUCUAUGUAAUUGGUGAAUUCAAGAUCCAUAUUGAUUUGAGUUACAAGACAAAGAGUUUUUGCAACAGCAGCUACACAAGCGAAAAGCAACCACAAACAACAACAAAUCCAAAAGCUAUUCGCGUGGUUAGCGCUCCUAGCGGCCAUCGCAAAGAGCGAAUCUAUUUUUUUACAGUUGCCCGAUAUUCUCACGUGGCGACAAAAAAAUAAAAUAAAGCAAACGAAACGAAAAGUAACAAAGGCAUAAAAAACCCAUUAUAAGAGCAUCAGUUACGGUUACCCACAUUAUAUAUAUAUAUAUAUUUACUACAUACAUAUAGAUAUAUAUAUAUAAAUAAAUAAAUCAACAAGGCAAGCAGGCAAAACAAAAGGAAUACAUCAUCCAUCGAAGAACGACGAACCGACGAACGCAGAAAUCAAAUCAAAUCUGACAAUUUUUGGUGAACCGUCCCGUCGUCGUGUUGAUAGGAGGAGGAGAGGAGACAGUUUUAUUCAUUCACUUACUUAUCUAAUUCGAGAGAUUGCAUUGCGCACCCCAAGCAGGGGAAACAUAAUAUCUUAUAUGACUUUUGAAAGAUUAAGUGAAACACCAGCAAAAAAAGGCGCACCUCCAAUUCCACAAAAACGGAGUAAAAGCUUCGAACUGUGCAUGAAUUCAAAGAGGCGAACUAUAAGUCAUCGGACUUCAAGUAACAGACAUCGGAAGUUACAGCCGUUCAGGUACACGUGAGCCAACCCUUGUACCGUUCCAAUAGAUUUUUACAACAUAUAAAAAAAAUAAAAUAAAAAAAAAUACAAA